GAACUCCUUGUCAAGGCUCUAAGCAAAAGGCAGCAGUGGGUUUUCCUGCAGAACUGCCACCUGGCAGCAGCAUUUAUGCCACAGCUUUGUGCCAUUGUGGAGUCAUUUAACAGGCCAGAUGUAACCAUAGACCCUGAAUUUAGGCUAUGGUUAAGCUCCAAGUCAGACAGUUCCUUCCCAAUUCCUAUUCUUCAAAAGGGUGUAAAGGUUGCUGUGGAGCUUCCCCAGGGACUGAAAAGCAACUUGCUCCAGAUGUUUGGAUACAGUGGUGGUGGAGAGGUGACAGAAGAGAUAUUUGAAAAUCCUGACUAUGGACAGUGGUGGAAAAAACUUUUAUUCAGCCUGUGCUUUUUCAAUGCUGUGAUCAAUGAGAGAAAAAAUUAUGGCACCCUGUGCUGGAAUAUAGCUUAUAAAUUCAUUUCUUCAGACUUGGAGGUUUCCAUCAAGGUGCUGGCCAGCGUGCUGCAGAGGCAUGCGGACCUGCCAUGGGAGCAGCUGCGCUGCCUGGUCGGGGAGGUGGUCUACGGUGGCCGCAUCACCGACCCCUGGGACAGACGGUGCCUGGACACACUGCUCUGCAGGUUCUGCAACCCAGAGGUGCUGAGAGAUGACUUCACCUUCUCCGGUGAGACCUGAGCAAAGCCCUGACAUGCUGGUGAUGGAAAUCCUGUGUGA